AUGGCGAGUCCGGGUCGGGCUGGUCCUAGCACGCCACGGCAAGAUCUAGGAGACGACGUGGCAGCUCCCACAAGCGAGUCGCUGGUUCACGCCCCUCUGAUCGACCCAUGGAUUCGCAAAGUCGUCUUCUUGGGCACGGGCACAUCUGGUCAGAUUCCUGCUGCUCCUUGCGUGCUGCCCAAAGCGCAAGGAAGAAAACGAUGCGAGGCUUGUGCGGAUGCGAUCAGACCGGGUAGCAAGAAUCGAAGGGGCUGCUGCUCUGCCAUGGUGAUUGGCGCUGGGCUGGACGGGGUGGAGCACGUCAUCCUCAUCGACUGCGGACCGACAUUCUACGAAUCGGCGCUGAACGCGUUUAGACAGCACAAGCAAAGGCGAAUAACUGCCUUGCUCCUGACUCAUGCUCAUGCGGAUGCAAUGCUGGGACUAGACUCGCUCAGGGCGUGGACGAUGAGAGGGGCAAUACAGCAACAGAUCGAUGUGUACUGUACACAGGAGGCGUUUGAAGGAGUUCAGAAUACGUUUCCUUAUCUCGUGGACGAAAGCAAGGCGACUGGUGAUGGCUCCGUAGGAGCUCUCAAGUUUCAUCUCAUCGAUCCUGCUCGGCCCUUCGAGAUCGACGCUGGCAAAGGCCCUAUCCAGGAUGUCUCAGGCAAAGCGCUCCUCAUAGAGCCUUUGCUCGUGGAGCAUGGACUGACGUCCGAAGGCGCUUCGUUCCCUUGCCUUGGAUUUAGGAUUGGCUCAUUAGCUUACAUCAGCGACGUCUCGUCGAUACCGCCAAGCACGAGAUCCAAGUUGAAAGGUGCUCGCGUGCUGGUGAUCGAUUCUUUAAGCCCUAGGCGACACAUCAGUCACUACAGUCUUGCUCAAGCAGUCGAGGAAUCGCUUCGUGUAGCAGCACUGAAUGCGGAGGGCGAGCAAGAUGGCCCUCGAUUAGAAUUGGCCCUGCUGACUGACCUGGCACAUGGACUGGAACAUCACUCUACUGAUCAAGCCCUGCUUUCGUUUGUAGCUGGUCUA